AUGCAGCAGCUGCAUCUUCUCUGCCUCAGUCUCCUGGUGCUGGGAUGUAUUCUGCACGUGCAUGGCGGGAACAACGUUCUCGACUGCUGCCUGCGGACCAGCGAGACACCCAUCCCAUGGCGGAUAGUGCGGGAUUACCAGCUCCAGCUGGUGCAGGAUGGCUGUGACAUUCCAGCUGCUGUGUUCAUUACCACAAAGGGCAAGCGCCUCUGUGCCCCACUCCAAGCCCCAUGGGUGGUUCACCUCCGAGAGAAGCUGGAUGCCAGCUCUGCCAGGAAGAUACCAUCC